CGUGUCCGAAGACUGACGGAACGGGCCGAGUAGAAGUUUGACGAAAAUGACCGAAAAGUUGCGAUUAAAUUGUAAACAAUAACUCUACCCGUCGAAGUUUGUUUACAGUUUACGCUUCCGCAGCAUGUCGUCGUGGGAAAAUGGCAUGGUUGAGACAGGAAGUUAUCCUGAAUAACAAACACACGUGACUGGUUCACAUGGUGUUGACUAAUUGUGACUGGAUGUGACUUAGGUUCACAAGGUAAUGACUGGAUUGUAUUGUUACAAAGGCAGGCUGAAACUUGUACAUGGUCAGAAUGAACAAAUAGAAGAGGAUAAUUGAUGAUCCAGUUUAUUGUGGUUCAGUGGUAGGAAAUCAUUUCUUUCAAAGUGCUGGUAAAUGGGGAAAAGGAUUUCUCCAGUAUGAUCAAAGACAUUGUAUCACAUUAUAUUAUACUCCAAAAUGAAGUGCAAUAUUUGUAAUGUAGAGACACCUACAAUCAGAAUGCCACAUCAUUAAAGUGUAAUCUGUUUACCUUACCAGAGAAAACGGGAAUCAACAUGGAGGGGCAGGGUGAUAACCGUAUCCAUGGCAGCAGUGAGGACACACCUCUUCUUGUAGAAGAGACUGGUUCAGGAACUGUAACUGGGACAGAACAUUGUCAGGAGGAAGUUAAUCAUACAUCGGGAUUCACUUUGAAACAUUUAAUGAUUGUUCCUAUGUGUGCCUGUUAUUUUAUCGCCGGAUGCAUUUACUUGUAUAUUUUCCCUCAGUACAUUCAAAAGGUGAUGGAGAAUAGUGACGUGAAGGAUUUUCCGCACAAAAUUUCACCACAUGUUCCACAUGUUAUUUUUUCCCAACGUAAUUAUGUUUUUCAAUCUCAGGAACAGACAAUUUCCGAUGGGUGCUCUAAUGUGAACAAGUCUGACGAGGCGUACAAGAAGUUUGACCACAUUCAACAGGAAACUGCCAAAUGGAUUAUUUAUUUCAACAUAUCAGCGCUAAUACCGGCAAUGUUCGCAAAUUUGAUCUGGGCAUCUUUUUCUGAUGUGCUUGGACGGAAAUUUGCGAUGUUCCUAUGCUUGGCUGCGAUGACAAUACGUUUAACUAUUUUCACAUUUGUUGUAUACUUCAAAUUAAGUCUAGUCUAUGCGUUAAUCGGCAAUUUUAUCGAUGGACUGGCCGGGUCUUACACUAGUCUCUAUGCUAUACUGUUUUCAUAUGUGUCUGAUAUUACGUGUACCGGAAAACAACGAACCAUAGCAAUAGUCGUCGUAGAACUUGUGAUUGGGCUUUCAUUUACGGCCUCAUCUAUAGUAUCCGGACAUUUGAUAGAUCAGUUUGGCUUUUUUUAUCCGUCGAUGGUAAAUUCUAUCAUAUCUGCAGUAGGGAUUUUGAUACUUCUAUUUCUAGUUCCAGAAACUAUGCAACGCAAUCAAACAGAGCGACAAAGACCGACUGUCUGGAAAAGUUUGGCGGAAUCUUUUAGAUUCUAUUUUUGUGAUGGAACAAAAAUUAAGCGUGUAAAAUAUGUUUUAUUAAUGCUUUCAUUCUUCUUCAUGGGUAUACCAGCAAUGAGUAGGAUGUCUAUAGAAGUACUAUAUCAGUUAGGUCGACCAUUCUGUUGGUCGCCAACAAAAAUAGGCUGGUUCGGGGCCAUCAAGAUGAUUGUGGCGUCGUUAUUUGGCAUCGGAAGUACUUAUAUAUUUAAACGUUGUGUGGCAGAUGAUACGAUUGCCUUCUAUAGUUUGAUUCUAACUGCCGCUGGCUACGUGGUGGAGGGAUUGGCAAAGACUGAUUUUGCCUUAUAUAGCGUAACUGUGAUAGCUGCACCUUCUGGCCUACCAUUCCCAAUGAUUAGAAGUUUGAUGUCAUGCCUUACUCCUGCUGAUAAACAAGGUGCUAUUUUUGCAAGUAUUGGUUUUGUAGAGACAUUGUGUUCAUUGAUUGGCUCUGUUAGCACGAAUGCCGUGUAUGCAGCAACGUUGACUAUAAUGAACGGCUUUGUUUUUCUCCUGAUGGCAGGAUUGACCGUUAUAGGAGCACUCUUCUUAUUGGCAUUUAUGGUUGUCCAGAGGAAGAACAAAGAGGGAUCAGCUGAAACUGUAAUUUUUGUCAACCCAGAUAUAGCUAGUACAGAAGAUUGAUUAUCCUGAAACAAUUACUUCAGAUGGUUGUAGACUAUGAUAUCGCUUCUCCAUUUUGAUGUCAUCUCUGAAAUAAAAAACCGAAAUAACUACACCAAAUGGUUGACAACUUUGAAAUAUCUACACCAAAUAGUUGACAACUUUGAAAUAUUUACACCAAAUGGUUGACAACUCUGAAAUAACUACACCAAAUGGUUGACAACUCUGAAAUAACUAUACCAAAUGGUUGACAACUCUGAAAUAACUACACCAAAUGGUUGACAACUCUGAAAUAACUACACCAAAUGGUUGACAACUCCGAAACAACUACACCAAAUAGUUGACAACUCUGAAUACACCAAAUGGUUGACAACUCUGAAACAACUACACCAAAUGGUUGACAACUCCGAAACAACUACACCAAAUGGUUGACAACUCUGAAUACACCAAAUGGUUGACAACUCUGAAAUAACUACACCAAAUGGUUGACAACUCUGAAAUAACUACACCAAAUGGUUAACAACUCUGAAAUAAGUACACCAAAUGGUUGACAACUCUAAAACAACUACACCAAAUGGUUGACAACUCUGAAACAUCUACACCAAACGGUUGACAACUCUGAAUACACCAAAUGGUUGACAACUCUGAAAUAACUACACCAAAUGGUUGACAACUCUGAAAUAACUACACCAAAUGGUUAACAACUCUGAAAUAAGUACACCAAAUGGUUGACAACUCUGAAACAUCUACACCAAACGGUUGACAACUCUAAAAUAAGUUUCUGGGAAGAAGAGACAUGGCAAUUAAUCUUUUACACGAAUAUGAAUUAAUAUAUGUACAAUAAUAUACUAUGAUUUCUCAUUAUUAUAUGUAUCAUUGUUUUAUGAAAACCUUGAAGGAACUUUACUGAGGUCCAAUAGCCUAAAACAUGAAAUUUGAAUUUUUUUACAUUAAUCAACUGGAGCACUAAAACAGAAAGAUUCGUGAAAGAUAAUUAAGAUAUAUACUCAGAAUUAAAUGGAAAAUCGUAUGUCUGUGCUUUCCUUAGCCCUAUUUGUGUGAAAGGUGUUGCAAAGCAUUCCAAUUUUGCGUUAUUUUUCACAGAAUAUU